AGCCGAUUUGGGCAUAUUUGUAUAAAAGACUGAACAUACUGAGCUCCAUGUACAUUUGUGUAAAUAUAUUAAAUAUUAAUGUAUAUGAUGAAAUAUUAGGUACGUACCUUUAUGAUUUAUUUACCGGAUUGAGAUAUAUUCAUUUGUUAUUAGUGUAACUCAGUUUUUGGCCCCCCCUCUUGCCCAUUCAUUGUACUGUGUUAAUUGUGUUAGUAUAAAGGCAGGAAGUUGGGCCUUCGGGGGGGGGGAGUCCUUGCUAGAUGCGGGAGCGGUAUAGUUUUUUGACCAUAUAGACAUAUAGACAUACAUACAGAAAGACAGACAGGUCAUAUUAUAUUAUGUAUUUGCAUUUCAAGUAAUCUCUGCUUUAAGUUGAUUGGAGAAUACCUUUUUGUUAGAUAAGAAGAAUAAACAUUUUUUGUUGCACCAUAUCCCUGGAUCUCAUUGAAUGUUUGGCCGUUUGGAAACGUUAAGUGUGGACUGUAUGCGUCCGAAACAACCCCGCUUCAGGCUCGGGCAGUGGCUAUGGUAAAGAGGAAAGGAAGCCACUACAAUCAAGUCAAAAAACUCCGUGAAGGAUUACUACCGGAAGGAAAUCUCCGGUUCGGACACACGCUGGAUUUUGUUCUAUUUGUAAUUGCAUUCGGACCAUAAGGACAGCUCGCUUGGAAGGAUUUGAACUCCUAGAUUUCGCCAGCCGUGAGUAACCACUGCGAAUGAAUGAGCUGCCCUGUUCAAUGCGAUCGUUUGAUCAUGCAUAUUAUGGAAGCGCAAAUGUGCUUAUAAUUGGAAUGUUUGAUAAACUUGGGAAUGGAAUUCAAAAUACAGCGCUGUGAAAACAAUUAAGAAGUUUAAGUUUGGGAAACACAGAUCCUAUGCACAAUGUAGCCUAAUCAUAUAUCUAAUAUUUGGCCUAACGUGGAAAUGCAAUGCAUCAAGGCAACGAAUGCAACUUAAGGAUCUAAAGAUACUGCGUGUUAACUUCAUUAAAGGGACAAAACCUCAACGGGAUGAAAUGUUUAAAACGCAUCUAAAAUGCCAAACUUGCACAUGUGCAAUUCAAAAUGGGUCAAUAUGCUGAAAUGGAUGACUGUGUUUUUAAAGAUUAAAGGAGGUCUAAAGGGGCAUUACGUUUAACAAUCAAACCAACAACCGUGUCAUUGUAAAUUGAGUGAACUAAAAGUGAAUGAUGGAGGUGGAAAUAUGGAAAAAGGCUGAAGUUGAGCCACAAACGCUCAUUGAACCACAUGACAGCAUUUCCAAUGUGUCAAAAAUAUCAAGUAAAACUAAGUAUUCUAAGACUGCUUCCUCAGUGUCCUCUGAACGCCUUAAAGCCGAGGCAGAACGAGCAGCUCUACUAGCUCGCCGAGCAUCAUUACAAGACAAGCAUGCAUUGGAACUGGAGAAAGCUCAACUGAAUGUUAGGAUGGAAAAAAUGGCACUGGAAACGGACAUAGCAGCAUAUAAUGCCAAACUAAAGGUCCUGGAGAGUACUGAGUCAACUUCUCAAUCCCAUUCCGUGGCAGCCCAUUUACUAAGCCAAGAAGAUGGAAUGAACUCUUAUUUUGAGAAACAGGAACCAGAGGUCUAUGUGGAACCUGAACCAUCACCUGUUGAGUUUGCUGCAUUAGGUGCAGUUCCAAAGACCCCACUACAAAGAGUUUUACAACAACCGACCACAAAGCCAUCAAACCCUAUUCCGAAAACAGUCGUAAACCACACUCUUCAGCAGCCAACAGCAAGGUCUAGCAAUCAACACAGAAUCAACACUGCGGGUAUCAGCCAUAAUACCAGCCAUGAUAACCUCUCUACUGUCAUGCAAAGGCAGAAUGAAAUUGCUGACCUCCUUGUACUACAGCACAAACAAGCCACACUCCCUGUUAGGGAGAUACCUAUGUUUGACGGUGAUCCUCUAAACUUUAGGCCAUUCAUGCGUGCAUUUGAGCAUGGUAUAGAAGAUAAGACAAGCAGUCACCAGGAUAGGCUCUAUUACCUGGAACAAUACACCUCUGGUCAGCCCAAGGAUCUGGUCCGUAGUUGUCUGCAUAUGGAAGCCAGAAGAGGCUAUGCAGUAGCUAAGAGGUUGUUAAAGGAACACUUUGGCAAUGAAAUCAAAGUCACCACUGCUUACAUGGAAAAGGCUUGGAACUGGACAAACAUCAAACCCGAUGAUGGAAAGGGACUGGGUGGUUAUGCACUCUAUCUAAGAGGUUGCUGUAACGCUAUGCAAGACCUACAGAACAUGGAAGAGCUUAAUCUUCCCUCCAACAUAAAGCUGAUCAUGUCAAAACUUCCCUACAAACUAAGGGAAAAAUGGAGGUCUAUGGCAUGUGAUAUUUUAGAGAGAAGUCACCUGAGGGCCCAGUUCAGUGACCUGGUAACGUUCAUGGAAAAACAGGCCAAAAUACUGCAGGAUCCGUUGUAUGGAGAUAUUCAAGAUCCCCUGUACAACAAAAGGUUUUUAAAACCCAAAACAGAAGCUGACUUUAAACAGCAGUUCAAGUCCAAGAGUAGGGGAAGCAGCUUUGCCACUACAGUAGCUGUAGUGGCAGAUUGUGACUCUGAAAAACCUUUAAAAGAACAAACAUUCAAAGUAAAGAGACCAGGCACCUACCCUUCUGAUGCUCCCAGUAUCUCAUGUAUAUUUUGUGCUGGUGCGCAUUUAUUGGUCGACUGCCAACAGGUGAAGGCACAGCCACAUGAAUUCAAGGUUGAGUUUCUGAGAUCAAAAGGCCUUUGUUUUGGCUGUUUGAUGAGAGGACACUUAAGCAGAGAAUGUAAAAGAAGGAUGACCUGUCAGAGCUGUCAAAGAAAGCACCCCACUAUCCUGCACAUUGAAGGAAGAGAGAGAUUUAGAUCUCAAAAGGCAGAUAUGAGUGGUGUAGCAGUAAAGCGGGAGGAGACUGUCAGCAGUGCUCUUGUUUCACUGGAAGCUGGUGAAGAUACCGGGGCCGGUACAGAUUGUGCACUUGCAAUUGUGCCAGUUCAAGUAAAGGUGGCAAAUGGAAGCAAGUCUGUGUUAACCUAUGCGUUUCUCGAUUCUGGUAGCUCAGCAACAUUUUGUACGGAGAGACUCAUGAGGCAGUUGCAAGCUAAAGGCAGUGCGACUGAAAUUCUGCUACGCACAAUGGGGCAGGAGAGUCCUACCAAGAGCUUUGAGAUAUCUGGAUUAGAGAUUGGCAAUGUGGAAGGCGACACAUUUCUUGCAUUACCAAAGGUCUACACCCAACAUAAGAUCCCAGUGACAAGAGAGAACAUUCCCACUCAGAAAGAUCUCAAAAGGUGGCCAUACCUGAAAGAGGUUCAGUUGAAGGAGAUUGAUGCCGACGUCGAACUUCUGAUUGGCGUAAAUGCUCCAAAGGCAAUGGAACCCUGGCAAAUCAUAAAUAGCCAAGGCAACGGACCGUAUGCAGUGAAAACCCUCUUUGGAUGGGUGAUGAAUGGUCCUCUCAACAGUUGUACCAUGGCAGAAGAAUCUGGGCAUCCUACGGUGAUGGCCAAUUGUAUCUCAAUGGCCGACCUGGGGGUUCUUCUUGUAAAUCAGUACAACCAUGACUUCCCUGAGAGAGAGUAUGAAGAGAAAAGUGAGAUGUCAGCUGAGGAUCGUAGGUUUAUGGAGAUUGUAUCAAGCUCCAUAACCCUCAAAGACCAUCACUACUACUUACCGUUGCCCUUUCGCAACAAAGAUGUAGUCCUGCCAAACAACCGUGACAUGGCAAAGCAGCGGGCUCUAAAUAUUAUCAGGAAGUUCAAGAAGGACAAAGGUUACGCUGCAGAGUACAAAGGCUUCAUGGAAGAGAUGAUAACAAAAGGUUACGCCGAGAAGGUACCACAAGAACAGCUCCUCAGAGAGAAAGGCAAGGUAUGGUACAUACCACACCAUGGCGUUCACCAUAAGCGCAAAGGAACGAUACGAGUGGUGUUUGACUGUUCAUCAUCCUAUAAAGGUACAUCUCUUAACAGUGAACUCCUUCAAGGCCCUGACUUGGCAAACACGCUUAUAGGAGUCUUGCUAAGAUUUCGGCAAGAGCACAUUGCCAUGAUGGCAGACAUCGAAGGAAUGUUCCAUCAAGUACGUGUCCAUGAAGAUGACUUAGACUUCCUGCGAUUCCUAUGGUGGCCGGAUGGUGAUACUAACAAAAGAUUGGAGGAGUACAGAAUGACAGUACAUCUUUUCGGUGCUAUAUCCUCUCCAAGUUGUGCAAACUUUGCACUGCGAAAGACUGCAGAAGACAACUGUGAGAGGUACGAUGAAGAGGUGAUUCAAACAGUCAAGUCCAACUUCUAUGUUGAUGACUGCCUCAAGUCAGUGGCCACAGAAGAACAAGCCAUAGCUCUCACAAGAAACCUCAGGGAUGUGUGCUCUCAAGGUGGGUUCAAAUUGACCAAGUGGGUCAGCAACAGCCGCACUGUACUAGCUUCUAUCCCUGAUGAACACAAAGCCAAGCAGAUAAAAGAACUGGACCUGGACAGAGAAAAGCUGCCUGUUGAAAGAGCACUUGGAAUCCGAUGGAACAUUGAAAGGGAUGUGUUUACCUUCCAGGUCACUGUCAAGAACAGACCCCUUACAAGAAGAGGUAUUCUCUCAACUGUCAGCUCUAUUUAUGAUCCAUUAGGUUUCCUCGCCCCAUUCGUAUUAAAGGCAAAGCAAAUUCUUCAAGUGCUCUGCAAGCUAAAGUGUGGAUGGGACGAAGUUAUCCCUGAAGAACACUCUAUUUCAUGGAAGAGAUGGCUCUCAGAGCUGGACCAGCUCUCCAGAUUCCAGAUAGACAGGUGUAUGAUGCCUGAGAACUUUGGUCAAAUCAAGACCGCACAGCUGCAUCACUUCGGUGAUGCAAGUGAACAAGGUUAUGGCACGGCAAGCUACCUUAGGUUCACAAACGUUAUGGAAAAGGUCCACAUCGCAUUCAUACUGGGGAAAUCAAGGGUGACUCCACUCAAGCAGAUGACGAUCCCCAGACUGGAACUUGCUGCAGCAACAUUGGCAGUGCGAGUGGACAGGAUGUUAAGGUUGGAGCUCCAGAUUGAACUUGAGGAGUCAACUUUCUGGACAGACAGCCAGUCGGUGCUAAAAUACAUCCGCAACGAUACCAAGAGAUUCCAUACUUUUGUGGCUAAUAGGGUUGCUAUGAUCCGUGACCUAUCGAAAGCAAAACAGUGGAGGUAUUUGAACUCCAAACACAACCCAGCCGAUGAUGCCUCAAGAGGAUUACAUGUUGAAACUUUCCUGAACUCAAAGAGAUGGCGCAAAGGACCAGAAUUCCUGGAGAAAACAGAAACACAAUGGCCGAAAGUCCCCGAGGAGCUUGGCUCCAUCCCUCCAGAUGAUCCAGAGGUGAGAAAAGACGUCAUCGUAAACAGUACAUGUGUGGAAGAAAAGAGUCCGACCAGCAAACUGAUUGAGUACUAUUCAACAUGGAACAGCUUGAAGAAAGCAGUUGCCUGGAUGCUGAAACUGAAGAGACUUCUACUACAGUUAAGCCAGAAAAGGAAAGUUCUCACCCAAACUGAUCCAGGAUCAGAUCAGAGUCUGACAAACUCACUGAAGGAACAAAUUGACAAGUUCAAACUGACGUUUGGAAAAGAAAGUCUGUCUGUAGAUGACCUAGAUGAAGCAGAAAAGGUCAUCAUUCGAUUUGAGCAACGACAGCACUUUAAACAAGAAAUUGCACUAGUUGUAAAAGGAAAACAAUGUGCCAAGAGAAGCGGCUCAAUCUGUAAGCUUGACCCAAUAGUUGACAAUGGCAUUCUGAGAGUAGGAGGAAGGUUAAGCAAAGCUGCUAUGCCUACGGAACUAAAGAAUCCUAUGAUCCUGCCCAAAGACUCCUACAUCUCCAGACUGAUCUUACUCCACAUCCAUGAGCAGGUUGGCCACUCUGGGAGAGGUCACAUGCUUUCUAGACUUCGCCAGCGAUAUUGGAUACCCUGUGCCAACUCCUUAGCAAGAAAGAUCCUUAAGAGCUGUGUCUUCUGCAGGCGGAUGCAAGCUAGAGCUGGAGAACAGAAGAUGGCUGACCUUCCACAAGAUCGGGUAGCACCUGAUUUGCCGCCUUUCACCCAUGUGGGCAUAGAUUACUUUGGCCCCAUAGAGGUGAAGCGAGGCCGCGUUCAUGUGAAGCGGUAUGGUGUGAUCUUUACUUGCCUUGUGAGUCGAGCUGUCCAUCUAGAAGUUGCUAGUUAUCUGGAUACUGAUUCCUGCAUCAAUGCCCUGCGCAGGUUCAUCUGUCGAAGGGGCCCAGUAACAAGUAUCAGAACAGACAAUGGCACCAACUUUGUUGGAACACACAGAGAGCUAGGAGAAGCUCUGAAAGAGCUGGAUCACAACAAGAUUCAAAAUAAAUUACUGAAGGAAGGAGUGACAUGGUCAUUCAACCCUCCCUCUGGAGCCCACCAUGGGGGGGUAUGGGAGAGGUUGAUCCGACUGGUGAAAAAGAUCCUCUAUUCAGUCCUUAAAGAGCAAGUACUGGAUGAUGAGGCUUUGCAGACAGCCUUGUGUGAAGUUGAGGCGAUUAUGAACGACAGACCAAUCACUACUGUAACAAAUGACCCUAACGAUCUAGAACCCCUGACUCCGAACCAUCUGCUUCAUCUGAAAGCAAAGCCAGUCCUGCCACCAGGACUAUUCCAGAGAAGUGACCUAUACUCACGAAGGAGAUGGAAGCAAGUACAAUAUAUCACUGACCUCUUCUGGAAGAGAUGGAUCAGGGAGUAUCUUCCACUUAUGCAGGAGCGGAACAAGUGGAACAAAACUAAGAGAAACUUCAGUCCUGGUGACCUUGUGGUCAUCGUCGAUGACACCGCCCCAAGGAACUCUUGGCUAAUGGGGCGUGUGGUGAAGGCUUUGCCAGGGGCCAAAGGUCUUGUCCGGAGCGUCAUGGUUAAGACUAAGACCAAUAUCUUACAGAGACCUAUCAAUAAACUCUGUCUGCUCCUUGAGGCGACGAAGUGAGACACACACACACACACACACAGUGCUCCAUCUUUGAAUCAUGUGCACCUCUGAUUCGUUGAUGUCGUACUCUUACAUUCUUUGAUGUCAUACAUUUUUUGGACGUCAAACUCUUGACAUUUUUUGGAAGUUGAACACCUUUACACUUCAACUCAGACUGAGAUCUAUGGACUAUUUUCCUAUAUGGCACCUUGUAUAUUUGUAUAUAGCUAUGAACUGUAAUGGUGCUCUGGUAUAGAAUGUUUUUGUAUUGGCUCUACGUUUGAAUAUUAAGUAAUUGUUGUGCAUUCAGUGCAGUCAACAAUUAGGGGCCGGUAUGUUAGAGCCGAUUUGGGCAUAUUUGUAUAAAAGACUGAACAUACUGAGCUCCAUGUACAUUUGUGUAAAUAUAUUAAAUAUUAAUGUAUAUGAUGAAAUAUUAGGUACGUACCUUUAUGAUUUAUUUACCGGAUUGAGAUAUAUUCAUUUGUUAUUAGUGUAACUCAGUUUUUGGCCCCCCCUCUUGCCCAUUCAUUGUACUGUGUUAAUUGUGUUAGUAUAAAGGCAGGAAGUUGGGCCUUCGGGGGGGGGAGUCCUUGCUAGAUGCGGGAGCGGUAUAGUUUUUUGACCAUAUAGACAUAUAGACAUAUAGACAUACAUACAGAAAGACAGACAGGUCAUAUUAUAUUAUGUAUUUGCAUUUCAAGUAAUCUCUGCUUUAAGUUGAUUGGAGAAUACCUUUUUGUUAGAUAAGAAGAAUAAACAUUUUUUGUUGCACCAUAUCCCUGGAUCUCAUUGAAUGUUUGGCCGUUUGGAAACGUUAAGUGUGGACUGUAUGCGUCCGAAACAACCCCGCUUCAGGCUCGGGCAGUGGCUAUGGUAAAGAGGAAAGGAAGCCACUACAAUAUGUAUAGGGG